CCCCAUCAAUAUAGAGUCAUUUAUCAUCAUCACCAGAGUUCCCAAAUAUCAUACAUGCAGCUGCGAGAGUUAAACAACUAGACAACACAAAAAAAAUAUUUAAUAACAGGUAGCACAAUGCCGCUAUUCUAUCUCCCGCCAGAAAUCCUGCUUCACAUCCUGCGGUACAUCGACUCCGACUUCUUCGCCCAGGAUGUCGAUCGCCUCGCUAUAAACAAACAAUGGCACCAGCUGGCCUGGCCCGUGUUUCUUCACGACGUCAUCUUGAAUUCACAAUCGCUUGAAACCAUCUACUCGCGGCCGGUCAAAGGAGCCGCGCUCGAUGGCUUGCAGAGACAUACGGACGCGCUUGAGGUGAAGCUCUGCGGAUUCGAUGAAUGGGCAGCCAAGUCAGACUCUCUAUAUCCAGAGGCCAACUUGAGGGACGUGGUAAAGUGGACGACGCGACUAGGCGAGAACCUGGACAGGCUAUCUGCACUAUUUCGAAAAUCGAUACGACUAAAAAGCCUGACGAUUGAGGCCAUGCCGGAGCUGCAACACGCAGGCAUGAGAGCGUCUCGACGAGCCUACCUCAGCAUAUCCACCAUACAAAACAUGAUAUCGAUAGAAAGUGUAACUUGCCUCGAUAUAGACACUGGUGGAACCGCCCUGUCAUCUCGUCGAAACAAGUCACUACAUCUCUGCGAUGCCAUCAGCAGGCGUCUACCACACUUACGCAGACUCCGAUGCCGGGCAUGCCUACUAUGUCCCGAGAUUUUGCGCAUACAACCGGAUAGCACUUACAGCAACCUAGAGGAAGUCAUAAUCAAUCUUAGCCUUUCUGGCAUGACGCCUCAGGAGACUGCCUACCAAUAUCCUGCCCGAUGCAACCAUAGCAGUUUUCUAACUGUUCGAGCUGCUCUUGAAGAUCGAGCUAUUACGCUAGCAGGAAGAAUGGAACGGCCAAAGAUGGUGCGACUUAUUUGGCAUUCACUCCCCUCUAUGCAGAUAUUCGCCUUUGAUGCUACAGAUGGGCGACUGAGCAGACUUAAAUCAUUGAACCAAUGGGAUGCAAAAGGUGAAGAGAUCCGGGAUGAGUUGCCGAGUUCAGAAUCAGAGAUUGGGUCGGUAGAGUUUGACUCUUCCGAGGCAUCUGAGUCGGAGGAGGAUUGAGAGAGAAAGACACAGUUUAAGUGGACAAGACGAAAUGUACAAUUGUGGAAAACACUAUAUCCCUAAAUAAGAUCGACAUACUACGCAAGGCUUUUGGUGAUGAACUUCUCACCGAUAGAUUGCACCGUCGCGUCGCUGGGAUAUGAAGUGUGAGGCGGAGUGAUGACACCUGGGAUGCGGUCGUCGCAUACUCCAUCGCCCUGCCAUACAAUAUUCAUACGUCGAGGGUCUUGGGAACCCAGUUGUCUGGGAUGGUACCACGGCUCACGAGGAAACCGUUGGAAUCUUUGUUACUGGUACCGCCUUUGC